AUGACUGCAAUGACUGUAUUUUUUCCAUUGGAUACAGCUAGGCUUAGACUUCAGGUUGAUGAGAAGCGGAAGUCUAAGACAACACCAGCAGUCCUACUGGAAAUAAUCAAAGAAGAAGGCCUGUUGGCACCAUAUCGAGGAUGGUUCCCUGUUAUCUCCAGCCUUUGCUGCUCCAAUUUUGUUUAUUUUUAUACAUUUAAUAGUCUUAAAGCUCUCUGGGUCAAAGGUCAGCAUUCAACCACUGGAAAAGACUUGGUUCUUGGGGUUGUUGCAGGUGUAGUGAAUGUACUUUUGACCACUCCUCUGUGGGUAGUGAACACACGUCUGAAGCUGCAGGGAGCAAAAUUUAGAAAUGAAGACAUUCUACCAACCAAUUAUAAAGGCAUAAUAGAUGCCUUCCAUCAGAUAAUACGAGAUGAAGGAGUCUUAGCUUUAUGGAAUGGUACUUUCCCCUCCUUGCUGCUGGUCUUCAAUCCUGCCAUACAGUUCAUGUUUUAUGAAGGCUUUAAACGGAAACUUUUGAAAAAGCAGCUGCAACUCACAUCUUUGGAUGCUUUUGUCAUUGGUGCAGUAGCCAAAGCAGUUGCUACCACCCUCACUUAUCCUCUGCAGACGGUACAGUCAAUUCUGCGGUUUGGACGCCACAGGUUGAACCCAGAGAACCGAACACUAGGCAGUCUUCGAAAUGUUCUUUACCUUCUCCAACAGAGAGUGAGGCGUUUUGGAUUAAUGGGACUCUACAAAGGCCUUGAAGCAAAGCUCCUGCAGACAGUCCUUACUGCUGCUCUUAUGUUUCUAGUGUAUGAGAAACUGACUGCUGCAACCUUCACAGUCAUGGGAUUAAAGCAUUCGCGCAGACAUUGAAAAAGGAACCUGUGCCAAAGAUUAUGGGGUCUAGAAAACACAUUCCAUUUCUGAGGCCAGACUGGGUAACAAAGGGUCCUCACUUUCUCUAUUUCUCUUUCUUUUUAGUCACCUCCAUCUCCAUUAUUUGGAGAAAUUUGGAAUAUACUCUAUAGGACCUGUUGCCAUGAAUUCAGCGAUAGCCCAUUCCCUACUCUUCUGUGGACUCACUGUGUUAAGAAACAAAGCAGAGACCUUAUUUAAGCACUUGACAUGAAAUUUUAAGUAUUAUAUGAUUCGGUUGACAUUCUUGGCAAGAAUGAGUAUCUCUCACUAUGUGUUCUUGCUUUCCCUCAAAUCGUCCUUAAUUAUUAUUCUAUCCUUACCUUCUGUCAGCAGCUGGUGGGGCUGGUUUCAUGUUAUUUUCCUUGACCUGUGUUUAUGUCACUUCAUAUUUGGUUCAUUAAAAUAAUUAAUAAAGAACAA